AGCUAGUUUUCAGUUUUCUCCUCCAAAUCUGAUCACUCCCAGACAGUCCUAGCUAAAUUCUUAUUUGAUAAAUUGCCCUUUUCUUAAAAGCAUUUCUUUUCUUAUUUUUGACCAAAACAUCUGCAUUGGACCUUUAACGGUUGUCUUUAACAGGGUCUUUUGGAUACCACAAUCAUGGACCUGGAAUAUCUGUUGAGUAUGGACCCAGCUGCAAUUCUGCUGGUGCCUGUUGUGGUGGUGGUAACAGCAGUGGUUAUUUUCCUGCACAGUCUGGUGCUCAAGUUCUUGUCCACAGCAACGGUGCGCAACAAGGUGGUCGUGAUAACAGAUGCCUUAACAGGACUGGGAAAGGAAUGUGCAACGUUGUUUCACGAGGGAGGAGCUAGAGUCAUCCUUUGCGGAAAAACUUGGGAAAAACUUGAAGGUUUUGCUGAUAACCUGACUAGCGCUGCAGACCCUAAAUUAACCUUCCCUCCUAAACUUGUGCUGGUGGAUUUCGGUGACAUGAACAGCAUGCCAGAUGUGAUCGCAGAGACGCUGGAGUGUUGUGGCUGUGUGGAUGUGCUCAUUCUCAACAGCAGCCUUAAAGUCAAGGCCCCAGUACAGAGCACAUCACUGAAGAUGGACAAGCUAAUGAUGGACAAUAACUACUUUGGCCCUAUCACAGUGGCUAAGGGUCUUCUGCCAUCCAUAACGUCGAGGAGGACUGGCCAUGUGAUUCUGGUCAACAGCAUCCAGGGCAAGCUGGCUAUGCCUUUCCGUGCCACUUAUGCUGCCUCUAAGCAUGCGGUCCAAGCCUUCUUUGACUGUCUGCGGGCUGAGGUCCAGGAGUAUGGCAUCUCUGUCAGCAGUCCAGCAGAGGCUGCCAAUGAGAUCCUGAAGAUUCUGAACAGCAAGAAGAGAGAGGUGGUCAUGGCUCACUCCCUCCCCAAGAUGGCCAUCUAUGCCAGAUCCCUUUUCCCAAAUGUAUUUUUGGCUGUGAUGGCUGCAGGAGUGAAUAAUGUUGCAGGAGUGAAUAAUGCUGCAGGAAUGAAUAAUGCUGCAGGAGUGAAUAAUAUUGCAGCUUUAGCAGACUCAGAGGAGCCGUAGUCAACAUAGCAUUGGAUUGGCACUGGAUUCUGGAUACACACCACAUAGAACUGGGAAUAAGAUGAUGUGUUGGGCCAGCACUUAUGACUGUCAAAUAUGGAGGACCAGCUGAGACCGGAAUGAAAAGAGAAGAAGACAAAACGAUUAUUGAAACGUUGGAAUGUUUUCAAUGCUGAAUGGACGCAGGUGACUGAAAAAUAUUUUGGGAAAAUGGUUACUUGUAAACUAAAAUAACUUGGGUAUUUCAAGUUACAAGUUGCAACUUGCUUCUGCAGAACUGUCAUAUAGCAGAAAUGAGGGAAACUGUUGUUUGUGAUAUUGGGAACUGUAUAUUAGGCCUACAGAACCUAGAAAUAAACCUUGUUUUGA